AUGGAAGAAAACAAUGGCUUUGGUGCUCAAUGGUUAAGGCCAUUGCUGGAAGCAAACUAUUUCAUUCCUUGUAGAGACCAUGGGGAAGAAAUGUCUAAAAGUGAAUGCAAAUAUUUCUGCUUGGAUUGUAUGGGUAAAUCCAUUUGUUCUUACUGUCUGAUUCAUCAUAGAGAACAUCGCAUUGUUCAAAUAAGGAGGUCUAACUACCACAACGUUAGAAGGGUUGAUGAAGUUCAGAAGCACAUAGACAUUUCUGGUGUUCAACAUUAUGUAAUCAACAAUGCUGAAAUCGUUUUUCUCAACGAACGCCCUCAAUUAAGACAUGGUAAAGGAGUUACAAAUACAUGUGAAAUUUGUGCCAGGACCUUGCUUGAUUCAUUCAGAUUUUGUUCUUUGGGUUGUAAGGUAAUUUUCAGUCAACUAUACACAGAACACAUCACUUGA